GCAGCUCCUGGAUGGACACCCCGGCGGCUUCCCCUCGCCCGCCGCCUUUCUCCGGGCACUGAAGCGAGAUGCAAGAGGCUGGUGGCCGCUUCGGCUGAACGGAGAGACACAGGCGCAAGAUGGCAGAUUUCUAUUGAGUUUAAAGGGGCGGCGGGGAGGGGUGGGGGGUGGGGUGGGUGGGAAGCCGAAGUCCUGCUCCGUUUUUCUUCCGUUGCCAUGAAUAACAGGAUUCCUUGCACCGAUGGCUCCCAUGUACGAAGGUAUGGCCUCCCAUGUGCAAGUUUUCUCUCCUCAUACUCUUCAAUCAAGUGCCUUCUGUAGCGUGAAGAAACUAAAAGUCGAACCAAGUUCUAACUGGGAUAUGACUGGGUACGGCACACAUAGCAAAGUCUAUAGUCAGAGCAAAAACGUGCAAUCUUCUCAAGCAGCCGCUGCCAUCAAUGCCUCUCUCCAGAUUCCAAACCCCAGCAUCCCUUAUGAGCAGACCAUCAUCUUCCCAGCCAGCACCGGGCACAUUGUGGUAACAUCUGCCAAUAACACCUCCGGUGUGGUUGCAGUAUCUGGGCAGGCAUUGGGCGGACCUCACAACCUGAUGCGUCGAAGCACUGUGAGCCUUUUGGAUACCUACCAAAAAUGUGGACUUAAACGGAAAAGCGAGGAAAUCGAGAACACAAGCAGUGUUCAAAUUAUCGAAGAGCAUCCACCGAUGAUUCAGAAUAAUGCCAGUGGGGCCACAGUAGCCACCACAACAACAUCCACUGCCACAUCCAAAAAUAGUGGCUCCAACAGCGAAGGGGAUUACCAGUUGGUACAACAUGAAGUGCUAUGUUCCAUGACCAAUACAUAUGAAGUAUUAGAAUUUCUUGGCCGUGGUACUUUUGGGCAAGUUGUGAAAUGUUGGAAACGUGGCACCAAUGAAAUUGUGGCCAUCAAGAUUCUUAAAAACCAUCCUUCUUAUGCCAGGCAAGGUCAAAUUGAAGUGAGCAUCUUGGCUCGGUUAAGCACUGAAAGCGCAGACGAUUACAACUUUGUCCGAGCCUAUGAAUGUUUCCAGCACAAGAACCACACCUGCUUGGUUUUUGAGAUGUUAGAACAGAACUUGUAUGAUUUUUUAAAGCAAAACAAGUUCAGUCCAUUGCCCCUUAAGUACAUCAGGCCAAUAUUACAACAGGUAGCCACGGCUCUCAUGAAAUUGAAAAGCUUGGGUUUGAUCCAUGCUGACCUCAAACCAGAAAAUAUCAUGUUGGUGGAUCCAUCUCGGCAGCCCUAUAGGGUCAAGGUUAUUGACUUUGGUUCUGCUAGUCAUGUGUCCAAAGCUGUGUGCUCAACUUACCUUCAGUCCAGAUACUACAGAGCCCCUGAAAUCAUCCUUGGUUUACCCUUCUGUGAAGCAAUUGAUAUGUGGUCUUUGGGAUGUGUCAUUGCAGAGCUUUUUUUGGGUUGGCCAUUAUAUCCAGGAGCUUCAGAAUACGAUCAGAUCCGAUAUAUUUCACAGACACAAGGCUUGCCAGCUGAAUAUUUGUUAAGUGCAGGAACAAAGACCACAAGAUUUUUCAACAGGGACACUGAUUCACCAUAUCCACUGUGGAGGCUAAAGACACCGGAUGACCAUGAGGCAGAGACGGGUAUCAAGUCAAAAGAAGCAAGAAAGUAUAUUUUCAACUGUUUGGAUGACAUGGCACAGGUAAAUAUGACAACAGAUUUGGAAGGAAGUGAUAUGUUGGUGGAAAAGGCAGACCGGAGGGAGUUCAUAGAUCUGUUAAAGAAAAUGUUGACGAUAGACGCAGAUAAGAGGAUAACGCCAAUUGAAACACUCAAUCACCCUUUUGUCACCAUGACACACCUGCUCGAUUUCCCCCAUAGCACCCAUGUUAAGUCCUGUUUUCAAAACAUGGAAAUUUGCAAGCGGCGAGUAAACAUGUAUGACACUGUGAAUCAGAGCAAAACACCAUUCAUCACCCAUGUAGCCCCAAGCACAUCAACCAAUUUAACAAUGACCUUCAAUAACCAGCUCAAUACAGUUCAUAACCAGGCCACCACUCUGGCUCCCACUUCCACUACCAGUGCCACUAUUUCCUUAGCCAACCCUGAUGUCUCCAUACUAAACUACCAAUCUGCACUCUACCAGCCCUCGGCAGCAUCCAUGGCCGCGGUGGCUCAGAGGAACGUCCCUCUGCAGACAGGCACGGCGCAGAUAUGUGCUCGUCCUGACCCUUUCCAGCAAGCCCUUAUCGUGUGUCCUCCAGGUUUCCAAGGAUUGCAAACUUCUCCUUCAAAACAUGCUGGCUAUUCUGUCCGGAUGGAGAAUGCAGUUCCCAUAGUCACUCAGGCUGCUGGGGCUCAGCCCCUUCAGAUCCAACCAGGGCUCUUAGCACAGCAAGCCUGGCCUAGCGGCACCCAGCAAAUAUUGCUUCCUCCAGCUUGGCAGCAAUUGACCGGGGUAGCUACUCACACCUCAGUCCAGCAUGCUACUGUAAUCCCAGAGACCAUGGCAGGGACUCAACCACUGGCAGACUGGAGAAAUACACAUGCUCACGGUAGCCAUUACAAUCCCAUCAUACAACAACCUGCACUUUUAACAAGUCAUGUCACCCUUCCAGCAGCCCAGCCUUUAAAUGUGGGCGUAGCUCAUGUCAUGAGGCAACAACCAACCAGCACCACCUCCUCAAGGAAGAGUAAACAGCACCAAUCAUCAGCAAGGAAUAUGUCCAACUUUGAAGUAUCUUCUUCUCAAACGAUCAGCUCUCCACAGCGGUCUAAGCGAGUAAAGGAGAACACCCCUCCUCGUUGUGCAGUGGUACACAACAGCCCAGCCUGCAGCACCUCUGUCACAUGUGGGUGGGGAGAUGGACCUUCUAGUACUACAAGGGAACGACAGAGACAAACAAUAGUCAUCCCUGACACCCCCAGUCCCACAGUCAGUGUUAUCACAAUCAGUAGUGACACCGAUGAAGAAGAGGAACAGAAGCAUGCACCUACAAGCUCACUGUCUAAGCAAAGAAAAAAUGUCAUCAGCUGUGUAACUGUGCACGAUUCCCCAUAUUCUGAUUCCUCCGGCAACAACAGCCCAUACGCAAUGCAACAUCGUGGAGGAAACAAUAAUGGAAACAAUUAUGACACAAAGGGUGCACCAGAGUCACACUGUAAUGGCAAUCCUCGGACGAUCAUUGUACCACCGCUGAAAACCCAAGCCAGUGAAAUCUUAGUAGAAUGUGAUAGCUUGGUACCAGUCACUACCAGUCACCACUCAUCUUCCUGUAAGUCAAAGUCCUCUAGCAUUGUGACCUCCACCAGUGGUCACUCUUCAGGGAGCUCAUCUGGAGCCAUUGCUUACAGGCAGCAGCGGCCAGGACCACACUUCCAGCAGCAGCAACCUCUUAAUCUCAGCCAGGCGCAGCAACACAUUGCAACCGGGAGCCAUCGACGGCAACAGGCUUACAUCACUCCAACAAUUGCUCAGGCACCAUAUUCCUUCCCACACAACAGUCCUAGCCAUGGCACAGUCCAUCCUCAUUUGGCUGCAGCUGCCGCCGCCCAUCUUCCAACUCAACCUCAUCUAUACACGUAUACAGCACCUGCAGCUCUGGGUUCCACAGGCACCGUAGCCCACUUAGUGGCUUCCCAGGGCUCAGCUCGACACACCGUACAGCACACUACUUAUCCAGCCAGCAUUGUCCACCAAGUUCCAGUCAGCAUGGGCCCACGUGUCCUUCCAUCACCCACAAUCCACCCAAGUCAGUAUCAAGCUCAGUUUGCCCAUCAAACCUAUAUAAGUGCAUCUCCAGCCUCCGUCUACACUGGAUAUCCCUUAAGUCCUACGAAGAUCAACCAAUACCCGUAUAUCUAAACACUGGAAUGAGGAAGACAAAAAGACAUUUUCAGCACACAUUGAGAGGAACACGGCUGCUUUUAUACUGAAGAAUGUCACAGGCAAAUGAACAAUGCAAACGGGAGGCUCCGACAAAACUUGAACAAAGGAGACUUUAAGGAGGAAAGCAGACAAAAGAAGACGAGACACGUCCUACACUUUUAUUUAAAAAAAGAAAGAAAAGAAAGAAAAAAAGCUAAAAAGAAUGAAAAAUAAAAAUACAAAAAAAUAAUAAUAAUAUUCUGCACCAAACCACAUAGUGGGAGAAACAGAAGGACCACUGUUGUCUGGUCCUGUUUUGGAUAAUUUCACCAAGAGACUUUUACAGAUUAUUUUCAUCUGAUUACAGGAGACUCCGUUUAGGAAUUUGUUGCUCAAAUCUUCUAAUACAAAGUUUCAUAGGUGUUUGGGUAUAUUUUUUUUAAUUAAACAAAGAAGCAUACAAAUUAGGGAUUUAUCCAGAAUUUCAAAAGGGUUAUGACUUUGUCUUUGCAUUGGUUGCUGUAACCCAAAAUAAAAACAAAACACAAUGAAAAGUGUGAUGUGUUUUCUGUUGGUAAUAGAAUGAGCAAAAGCCGAGAGCUGUUUUGGAUUAUUCCAGCUCUCCCAAUAAGUCUAGAAGCACUAGAAACUUGGAAGGAUAGAAAAACACUGAGCAGAAAACACUAUUUGAUAAAAUCAAAGGUUGUGCUGAAUAUUUGUUCUUACUCUGAGCAUCCUGGAUAAAUCCCUUUUCUUCAAGAAAAAGUCUUUAAUAAUGUAUGAUAGAAUCUCAACUUCCUUACUUGAAAAUACUUUUUUUCCCCUUUAUUUCUCUGGAUAACCCUUCAUCAUUUGCAGUCCAAUCCUAACAUUGACUGCUCUGGCUGAUAGCUACUUUGGUCACCAUUUCACAAAGCACAACAGUGUGUGCUGUUGCUGUUGGAAUGUAACAGCAGUACUGGGAGCAGGUACCACAAUCUCAAAUGUUUAGGAUUGGGUUGUUAGUGUAGGAGUAGAAGUUCUAGCUGUCCCUUGGUAGAAUGUAGCACUAUACAUCCAUACAGCCGUUUUCUACUUUGUGUUAAGCUCCAGUGAUACCAAUAGACUGACUAUUCCUCAAUGUUAUUGCACAAAAAAAGUGAUAUAACAUAGGCAUGUAACAAAUGUGAUUGUCCAGGUAUAUCUGUGUCUGCGUGUGUGAGUGUGUGCGCAAGGGCGCGCUGAUGCUGCCUUUUCUUGUGGUGUGGUCCUCAGCACAGCCAUUUUACACUGUCACAGUCUUAGUUUUACAUCAUUCCCUUGUAGUGCCUUACCAAACUACAGUUGCAGUUUUAAGGGUUUACUUCCACUGGUACGCCUAGAAAUAGACUGAGGCUGGUUCAAAUUUAAACUCAGCUCCUUUUUUCUCCUCCUCUUCUUUUUCCUUAUGUUUGAUUGCUUUCCUUUUUCCCCCUAGACUUUUGAAAACAAAAAUGCAAUGUCAUUCUUGGGUAACUUGCAAGGGCCAAAUGAAGGCUGCUGGGAGUUUGUUGGAAUAGAACAAUCAGUGGACCUAAGAAAGUGUGUUGUUUUUUUCGCGGGGUGGGUGGGGUAGAUAUGAGGUGUCUGGAUGAAUUCUUAGCCCCUAAAGUAUCUUUCCAAGGAAUUCCAUUUUAUCAGUUGUGUUAUUAGUUGAAUUUCCUUCCAGGAUGCACAAUUCUCCAUAACAUUUUGCAAGUUCAUAUAUUUAUUAAUGUAUGAAUAGAAAAAGGGGUGGGGGAGGUGCCCAGGCCUGCUUUGGAUUAGUAAUACAUAGUACCUCAUGUUCAAUUGUUAUGUCUAACUGGGGGUAUAAGGGCAGUGACUUGGAACGAACUUUAUAUAUUUUCACUUGAAUGGUUUCAGACAUCUGUGAAUAAGAUGUAUUCUUUCUAGAACAUCAGACUUAGAUUGUGCCAAAAGAUGGUUUGGUUUGGUUUGGCUUUCUUCUGUUGCACUGGAGCUUCAUGAUGUGGACUUGGAAUGGACUCUACUACGUUUGUAGCAGGUCUGACUCUAGUUCCUUAGAUAGAGUUUGAUCGUAUCUAAACAACAUGUUCUGCAUUUAGGAGCUAGCUUGGAGAUGCCACCAUAACUGUUAAUGGUUUUGAUCAGCUUCCCCCAAUUGAUGUUCCCUAACCAGAUGUACAUAAAUCUCACAAUAUCUGAUUGGCUGUGCUAAUUUGGAAUUCUCCAAGAUAUCUAGAACUGGAUGGGGAAAGAUGUUUUUAUCAGGUGCUUUUUUCGCUUUGUCCCAUUUUGUUCUUACUGUGCUUUUCUUUUUCUUAAAAGUAAUAAUCAUCAUAACAAUGUUAACGAUAGCUCAUCAGACUCUGUAUCUUCCAUAAUAAAUUUGUAUUUCCCACCCCCCUUUGGUAUAUUCUUUUUCAGAAGGAUUCCAAAGAGAAGUGUUUGUACAAUAAAAUAAUAACAAUGAAAGAAUUAGUAGAUAUUUUAUGGUGACAUCACUAGAUUUUUCUCUUGUGUAAGUCUUUACUGCCCCCCCCAUGAUGUUUUACUUGUAUUAUUGGUUUGAAGUUGAUUGUGAAAAAGGCUGUCUGCCUUUAUAGACAGUCAGCAUGGCUUCUAAGCCAAGGCUACCAGAUCUGGGGCUGCACAAAUUUGAAAUUAUAUGGGAAAAAGGUAAUGGAGUUAUCUUUUAUCUCUUUGCUGUUCUCUAGUGAUCAUCAGACUUUUUGCAAUCCGGAUCUGGUAGUCUCCAAGUAGCAGAGAUACCUGUUUGGGGAUGGCGAAGGGAGAAACGUCAAGAAAUCAGUAUGGCGGCUGUAACAAUAUGUUCAAAGCCCCUCUUUUUUUCUUUUUCUUUUUUGUGGCGACGCAUGUAAAGACUGAGCUUUGAUUAUGGGGAUGCCAUCUUGUGUUUUUUUUGUUUUAAACUUCUGUGGACACCCCUGCUAAGAAGUGUCCCAAUUUUUCUGGCUUCAGAAAAGAAGUGCUUCGGCAAUAGGAUAAGAUGUUGGGUUAAGGCAAGUCAGUUAGUUGAGAGAUGAGGGAGGGAUCUUAAGAGGUGGUAAAGAUAAAAAGCUUGCUCGUGAGGGGAGUUGAGAAGAAAGACAAGCACAGUUGUCAUAUCUGGAAGUGGGCACACUUGCUUCACUAGCAGGAAGAAAGGACUCCUACCCCCAAUACUAAGGUGGAAAUUUUUCUGAAGUAAAUUAUUGGAAGCAAAACACGCUUCUUUUCAGCUAUUUAGAAACUGAACCUCAUUUUAUUUUGAAUGUUUAGUAUCUCUCUGCUCCUAAGUAUAGUAAUGUAAAGGCAUCUGCCUUUUUGAAGAGAAUAUCUUCUUCUGCUGCCCCAAUGAAGAAAUUCCUCACCAGCAGCUGGGUCUUAAUAGAAUAGUAUAUAUUCCUCUUUUUCUGUCCAGAUUCAAGCACCAACUGCUUAUAUCUUUGAGAGGAAAGAUCUUACCAUUCAAUCCUUGUUGUUGUAUUACUAAUUUUAAUAUGUUAUAAUUAUAUUUAAAUUUUUGCUUUAAUUGCACUUGCAUUUCUGUAUACUCUUGUUGUCAAUGUUCUCUUACUAAGGUAUUCGUUGUCAAGGAAGGAAGGCUUUUUUUUCUGUGUUACUAGCAUCAGCAUGUUUAUCCCUCAUGUAGGUUUUGGAAGGAAGGGGAGACAGGAACUUGGAAAGAACAAGAUAUUAAUAAAUCUUCUCAAUAUGUGAAUAAGGUAUGGUGAGUCCUGGGCUUAUAUAUUUACCUAUCUUCCUCCAAUUCCUUCCUCUUAGCAAGAAACAAUUUAAAAAGUACUCCAUAUCUGUUUUAAGUAAAUACAGUUCCAUGAAUCUGAAUCCAUAAUUGGAAUCUAAUUUGUUUCCUAUUAAUAUAGUUUAAAAAUAUUAGCUGGAGACUAAAUACAUCACAGUUCUCCCUCAUGUCCAAAGUAUCGUUCCUUAAGAUUGAAUAUUGUAGGAAACUCUGAUUAUUUUAAUAAUGUUGUAGAACAAAAACAUUUCUAGUCUCUAGUGUGUAGAAGAAGAUUAGAGGGAAAUAAGUCCACAUUUGCUUAGGCUUAUUUACAUAGGAGGAAAAGGUGGUUACAUGUCAUAUUGUAGUUUUUAUACAAUGGCAUAUCUCUGCAGUUUCCAGAUACUUUCUUAUUAUAUUUUUACUUUUCCAGAAGUCUGCCUUUUAAGGCACAAGCCCAACAAUUGCUGGCUUAAAAAUUGAUUUAAGAAGAAUGGUAAGAUCCUAGUACAAAUCUUACAGUGUAGGAGUUGAUGAAUGAGUUCACACAACUCCCUAAGUCAAAACCAAACAAAUCCAAAUAUAAUUUAGCAUUUUCUGCAGUUCUGUUUACUGGGUUUGUAAAGAAUGGUUUAUGUACAAAGUAGUUGCACAUUGUAAAAACCCAAUCAGUUGAUGCUCCUACAAAUCAUUAUUCGGUGAGUGAACCCAAAUGCUAUUUGAUGAAUUCCUUUGAAACAGAAAUAUUACAGAGUUAAAGUCUUCACAAUCUUAAAAUGAACUCAAGAUACAAAUACUUGUAGUUAGGUUUCCCAAUUUGGAAGUGCAAUAGUUGGGGAUUUCUAUCAACAAAAAGAAAUGAAAUUCAAGAAUCCAGCUAAAGAAAAUCCUAGUAACUGAUGUUGGCUACUCAAAUUUGAAUUACCCAGAGAUUCAGUCUAAAUUUUGGUAUGUUCUCUCUUGUAGCAGAUCUCAAAAUUGUUUCCAUUUCCUCCUCAAACUCUUUUAUGUUUGGAAUUAUUGUACGAGUCACCUUACAGCAAGUUGGGUGGAAAACAAAUUUAAUAAAUAAAGUAAUAAUACAUUACAAACUUGCAAAUUACUUAGGAUGGAGACCCCUUCUGGUUCCAUAAUGUGAUUUUAUGUGUUAAAUUAAAAGUCUUCCUUUUCUUUAUUUGUAAACUCUCAUUAUUUAUCUUCUAGUCUGCAAUAUUUGAGCAUAACAUUUAUAUAGAUAAAUAAAUGAUUAGCUAUUUAACUUCUGGCAGGAAAGCUUUGAAGAGGUGGUUUUAAUGACUGGCAAAGUUUCAUUUAAAUAUUUUAGUUGGUUUUUUUAUUAAUGCGCGCAAAAAAGUUCCCCUUUUUUGUUACAAUUUAUAAUUAUUCUUAGAAAGGAACAUGGAGAGAGAGAGAAAACAUGAAUGGCACUAGAAAAAGAAAACUCCUGCACAAUUUGGGACAAGUGAAAUAAAAAGGUAAUAAAAUAAGCAUACAGGGAGAACUUUAUAUUAGUCUUCUGCAACCCUGGUCCCUUCCCAUUGGAUUGGGACUGCAAUGUAAAGAUUUCUCCUUCGUUAGGAUAGAAAUAAUACAGUUUCUUACAUAGAUUGCAGUUCUAAAACAAUUGAUGAUUCCAGAAUGUGAAAAGAGAGUACAUUUUUUUAAUAGAGGAAGAAGAUGAAAUUCCAUUUUUUUCAGUCUACGAAAAUAUAAAUUUAAUAAAGCACUACAAUGGAAAAGAAUGAAAGCUUAUAUUUACUUAAUAGAAGACCACAAUGUCAACUGCAAGCAUACCUAGUCCAGUGUUGAUAUAUAACCAAUAAUCCAGAUUCUAAUUCAUGGGAAUUGUUAUCAGAUAGAAGGCACUAAUUUGAGGAAGCCUGGCAUAGCAUGUGACUGGCAUUGUACAGGCCAAACACAAACUUGUGUGGUCUGUGUCUGAUUAUAAUUUUCAAGGGGACACCGAUUAUAAUUUUCAAGGGGACUAUAUAACCUUUUGACUUCUUUUUCCUGAAUCAAUGAAUGAAGCUAAUUAAAUAGUGAAAUAAGAUAUAAGUGAUAACAUCAAGUUAUCUGGAUAGCUACAAAGAAAUCUAAAGCUGCAAUUUAAUAAAUCUUGAUGUCAGAGAUUGAUAAUUGAAUUGAAGGUGACUUUCUGUUCAGUAAAUAUGCCAGCAUCGCAUUGCAAAAUUGUUGCAGCAUCUCAGAAGAAAUGGAUUAUAGCAGCCUUUAAAUGCUAUGUUAGCAUAGAGAAACACUAGAGCAGUGAACUUGGCAACUUUAAGAUGUGUGGAUUUCAAUCCCCUGGGAGUUAAAGUCUACACAACUUAAAAUUGCCAAGUUCGAAAAAACAGUGCACCAGUCUUUCAAAGUGGGUGGAGAUAACCAGAUAUAAUAGUAUCUUCCCUUAAAUUUUAAAUUUUUUUUUCUCUCUCUCUCUGUAUGUGUGUGUAUGCAUGUUGUGUUUUCUGAUACUAUUAAUGUUAAAUCUGAGCGCUGGUAUGUAAUGCAUGAGCUAUUUGAAUAAGAAGUAAAGGAAUGACAGAUUUCCUAGUCACCUAGAUUUUAUCAACAAUAUACCACCAAUUCAUAAGAAAUAGCUUCAGUUUCAUAAAUCUGGCACCACCACAUUUAAAACAUUCCAAACCCGAUAUUUAUUUAUUUUUAAUACUUGUUCCAGAUACUAGUUUAAUAAAAAAGUAUUACUUUUGCCAAUUAUUUUUUCCUUCACAGUCUAACAUAGCCAUACCUCAAAAUCUGGCUUGAUAGGUAAAAUGAUUUAGUAACACGAAGGAAAAUUAAAACCUCAUUCCUCUCUUCAGUCAAAUGAAAUUUCAAACAAGACCAGUGUUACAAGAACUAAAUUGUGCUUCCGCUUGCUAAAGAAUUCGUUCAAAAUGUGGGGGUCAAUGGCAUAAUAUAAGAGGCUGUAUUUUUUUUUCCUUAUGCUUCAUUUUGGUUUUCAUAUAUAUUGCUUUGUAGAAUUCAGUCAUACUAUCUGCUGCUGUUCUAAAUUUUAGUCAAGGUUUGAAGGAGAGAAAACUCUGCUUCUUGUAUUAUGAAUAACAUUUUAUUAUCUGUGACAGCAGUACAAAUUUAUUAAACGGACCAUCAGGAAUACUGUGCAAAUUCCUUUUGUUUCCAUAAAAUGCCACUUCCAUGUUUUAGUACUAAUCAGGGUCCAGGUUGGACACAGUAUGGAAAAUAAGGCUAAAUGCAGAAAAUCAAUUUAAAAAAAACCUUUGCCACCAGCUUCCAAAAUGUGAGGUAUCUAGUGCUGAGGAUUAUAUCCUAUGUCCUUCAGUAAGACAGUUCCCUGAGGAGAGGUCAUUUUCCAUACAUGCCAAUUUAAGUCUAUUUUGCUCCAUUCUUCUGUGUCAGGCUUGUGCACCAUAUAUUACACCUUCCAUUAUGCAAGUCUCCAUCUUUUCUGGAGAUAAGAUAUUACACCAUUCCAUGGGGCUGUUGUGUCUCCCAGGUCUCUUGAUUUUAUUUGGUUUCCGCUUAGGCAGAAACAAACUGUCUUGAGCCACCUGUGCAGUUCCUAAUCUGUGUUCCCUAGGAGUGUGGGGAUCUUGUGAUUCAAGAAGUUGUGAUUCAAGGAACUAAUGUAGGUCAUGGAUGGAUGGAUGGAUGGAUGGAUGGAUGGAUGAUGAAAACUAGCCUUCUGACUAUUCCACUGGGUCUCCUCUUUGAGUAGCUAGAUUUGUGUUAUAUUUUUUUCUUUUAAUUGUAAUUCAUUGUAAGAAUUUAUUUCUUCUCAGCACUUGGCUAUAAUAAUUGGGCAUAUGUAGAGAUUAUUCACAUCCAGAUUGUCAGGUGUCGAUGAUGUUCACAAGAAUAUUCAAGCUGGACAAGUGAAAGGAUGGUAACCAGUGAAUGUAAAAAAAAAAGAAAGAAACCUCUUACAGCAGAAGAAAACACAUAUGUAGCAAGUAUGUUAAGUAGGCAAUUAGUAGAAUUUGUCAGGAGUCUCUGAAACUUUUCUAACUACAGCAAAUAAGAACGAUCCUUCUUUUGUUAUGUACGGGUUAGUCACGUCCUUCCACUCUUAGCAUUGCUGCUAUAUUAGAUUUUACAUGUGCAUAUUAAAGAAAAAAAGCUGUAUGUUAAUCUUUUGCUUAUUAUAGCGAAAUCAAGAAAGGCAAUACAUUUUUCCCCAAAUAUGAUACUUUUACUGCACUGAUAUUGUGAUCCAUAAUCCUAACUUUGUUGGAGAAGCUGCUUGACAGUUCAUGUCUGUGUUUGUCACUCUGUGUGUGUACUUGUGUGUGUGUGUGCGCGUGCGCGCAUGUGAGCUAAGGAAAUCUCCUUGCUCUCCCCUGUAAGAAAUAGGGUCAUGUUGCAGAACGAAAUCAAAAUGCUUAUCUCACCAUCAAAGCAAAGCAAAGGAGUAAUUGAGGUGCUGAGAUUCUACCAUUAACAAUAGGGACCUGUCUUUUUUUAAAUCUAUAAAUUAUGGCUAUAUUUGAGAUACAUUGGUCUGGAAUUUCUGUCAGAAGAUAUGUUCAUUUGCCACACCUGUUUUAAUUCUGACUCAUUUGCUAGUUUUUGUAUAUUUUUAAGGUUCUCUUGUUUGCUAUGGUUCUGGAAUAUCUAUGCUCUGUGACUCUACCAAAAGCAAAUCUCUAUCCAGAUUUCUGGUCUCUGAGCUAGUUUAAAUGGGGAUUCCAAAAUCUAGGCAGGACAUUUGUUUUAUGUAUAAAGAAGGAUUAAUUUACUUAACUUACGAAAACUGUGACCUAGUGGCAAUAAUUACCUCAAAUGUGGGCAUUUAUCUUGGUUUUAGCCUUUUUUCUGAAAAUAUGCAGCCAGUCUGAAAUUUGGAUUUUAAAAAAUACUUAUCUAUAUGGGCAGAAUAUGAUAAAUACCUACCCUGGUCAUUAUGAGUAACCUUUAAAAGUAAAAUGGCAAAAUCUAGGAUCAAGUUGGUGUUUUAUGUAUUUUAAUUAAUUGUGACAUUAAAAUGCACAUGUAAGUAUAUUGUGUUCAUAGCUACUGUAACGAGCUUCGGCUUUUGAAGAUAUUUAACAAAUCGCCUUUUAAACCAACAUGAACUAAAUAACAAUCUGAAUUUCUGGCUACAUUUUAUAGUUAUAGUAUUUUAUAGUUUACAUUUAAACUGGUACUUUCUAACUCAAUGUUCUGUUUUUAAUAAUAUCUUCAGAAUCUUAACACUGUUGUCUUUUCAUUCUUUUUAAUUUUUCCUUUUAGAAACGGAAGUAGCAAUGUGUCUUUAAUAUGUAUAUUCUGUUCUGAGAUAUAACAUAGUAGCAGAAAGUGAGAUCAAAUACAAUAAUUCCAAAGUUUAAUUUAAAAAAAAUCACUCCAUCAAUGUUAAAAAUGUAGUCUACAAGAUUACAUUUUUAUUUUUGAAUUAAAAGUAAAAUAAACCUUUGGGUAUGAAUCAGAAAGCAUAGUAAUUCCCAGGCAUUUCACAUGCAAUCCGAAGUCCCAUAAAUACAGUGGGAUUUACUUCUAGAUAAACCUGUGCACAGUUAAACUGUCAAAUUUCUAAAUUUGGACAAAAAUAUAUGUAUAUUGUGAAGAAUGGAUAUGCUUAGCGACUCUGGGCUAGUUCACAACUGUAUGUUUUGUUUUGUGUUUAUGAGUUUUAUAAUCAUGUGAAGCAACAUUGUUCACUUAGAAUGAUCUUGUGAAAAUGGCAAUCUUGGAUCACAGGUAUAUUAUGUUUGGCUUUUACUGAAAAUCUUGGAAGCACAGCAUCAUUUACAUCCCAGCAGUAGUCUAUUAUACAUUAUUUUUUUCCAGUGGAGAAUAGUCACUUAAAUAUCCCAGUCAUGUAAGUGUUCACAGCAAGUAAAAUGUAAUGUGAUGAAAUUCUCAAAUAUGAACUAAGGAUUCCUGAGAGAAGCCCUUGGGCUGCUUUGAGAAGCCGUAAUAGGCAGCGCUUAAUUUUGACACUACCCAUUGAUCUCUCCUAAACAAAUCAAAUUGUACUUGUCACUCUAGUUUCCCUUUGUAUCUUAACUUAAUAUGAAGAAUUAGACCAGAUCUUUAUACAUUUAGUUGUCUGUUGUCCAAUGACACUCUAUAAAAUGCUGUUUUGUAGUGAAUUAUAAAGUUGGAUGUAUAGAGUCUGUUGCUUUUUUCCCCUUCUUUUUUCCCUUCAGUUCUGCUUAUGGCAGAGGAAUGAAUUUAAAUGUACAUCUUCUGCUGGUCAGGAGGUAUUUACAAAAAUAUGCAGGAACUAGCUUGCAAAUGAUUCUGUCUGAACAGUUAAGCUUAGUUGUGAAGUUCAUAAUCAUAGCAAAGUUCCUUGUAUUCUUCACACAGCAGAUUAACAAGUCAUGGUGGAAGGAGAGAAAUCCAUUGUUUUUAGGCCUGACCAAAAACUAGUAUUUCCAAUGGCAGACCUCAGCCCAUUUCAAUAAAUUCAUUUAAAGCUAUGGUAUCUAUACUCUAGCUCAACUUAACCAAAGCAAAUCUUGGCAUAUGUCUGCCACCAUUUUAGAAAACCAAAAUGGGCGGCCAUUUAUGAAUAUUGACCUUAAGACAAUGGAAGCAUUUGGCCUCUGUGGUUCUUGGGCCCAUCUACUAGCAACCAAUCCCUCUUAGUUACCACUCACUUGUUCUGUCAAUUUAGGUUUUUGAAUGGCAUUUCUUAUCCCAAAAUUAUAUAUAAACAAAAAUGUGCAGACUCCAAAUCCUGUACCAAAAGCUGUCCCCCACUCCCCAAAAGCAAAUAAGACAAUAGCUUUAUUAUAAUGGGAGAAAAAAGGAGAUUUUGUAGUCAGUUGAAGUCUAUAUUAUUAUAGUUCUAGGAAAACAAAAUAGGGAAGAUAUUUGUAGAUAUUUGGGUUCUUCUAAUGUAAUUGAGAGGGAUUUUAUAAAUACUAAUUUGUUGCCCAGAAGCCAUGUAGCUCCAAGAAAACAUUCUACACAAGAAGAGAGGGCAUAAAUUUUGAAAUCAUUUACAUACACAAAAAAGAUACAUCUCCUACCUUCUACCUGUUUGAUAUGUUGAAGAUUUCUUUUCUUACGUACAAUACCAUCUCAUCUUCAAAAUUCCAGAAAAGCCCUGAUUUCUAACUGUAUGGUUCUGUACUGAGUGUCAAUCCAUGUUAUAACUUAGUGAAAAUUAUUGUGUGCAACAGUAUUUUCUUGUGUAUUGCAUUUUUUUCUUUUAAUUUUCUGUGAAUUGUCCUUUUUUCCUCUUUCUUUUUCUUCUCCUUUUUCUCCCUUUUGUUAGUAUUUUCCCCUUUCUGGUAAUGUCUUUGAGGAAAAAAAAACAGAAGAAACUGACGUGUCGUAGAAUUAUAUGUAACCUAUUCCUUAGUCUCAUAUUAUAGGUAUGUUAUAAGAAUGGAUAUUUUACUUGGCUUUAGAAUGUUUUACAAAAAACUAAUUCUUAACCAAUCAAGUUCUUGCUACUAAAAAAAAAAAUCCCUUGUGUUUUUCAUCAUGACAUUGUGUGCUUCUAAUUAAUAAUCAUUUUCGUUGUAGAAAAAUGGAGUGAAUUUAUAUUAGACUUGAAAACUAAUAAUAGCAUUGUAAAUUUAUGAAAUGAUUUUAACAGAAAAAGCAUUAUAGAAAAUAUAGUUAUUUUAAUUGUAAUAUUACUAACUGUAAGGUGGAGAAGGGGGUCCCGUUGUGAUGAACUAUGUUAUAGCUUGUUAUUCACAGUUUCUUUUUGAUCAUUUUUUCGGUCUCUGAGGUGAAACGAGUUAUUAAUCAGAAUUUGUAAACUCACAUAUGCAUAUUGUAUAUGUGUAGAAAUGUAAUCACACUUUGUCUUGGAAUUACAUUAAACUGUUUUAAG